UCUAAGGCUAUAUAAUGUAGAACUUAAUCUCUAGUGGUUCCCAUCUCCUUUUCUACUUUUCUUAUAAGCCCAUGGCUGAGAAGUUGUUAAUAAGAGCAUUGAAGGGUGGUAAAAGCACUAGGAUCAUUACCUUGAAUGGGAAGAAGAUGAAAAAGAUGCCCUCAGCAUUGGAAAAACUGACUCACCUGAAGACUCUAAACCUUCAGAAUAACCUAAUUCCCAAAGUAUGCCCAGAGGUGAGCGCCUUGACUCAGUUGACAACACUAAAUCUGGGAAACAACCUUUUAAAGGAAGUUCCAAAAGAAAUGAAAUACCUUAUAUCCCUGAAGAAGCUCCAUUUAUUUGGAAAUAAGAUUCAUAGUUUUGAGGCUGAAGCAUGUGAUGGUUUACAAAAUUUGACCCUGCUUAAUCUGAACAACAAUCAGCUUACAGAUAUUCCUAAAGAAGUCAAAAGGUUAAAAAGACUUACACAUUUGAGUAUAAAUCAUAACCAGCUAGCCAGCAUUCCUAGAGAACUUUGUUUCCUUAAGAAUCUUUCUGAACUUCAACUUAACUACAAUCAGAUUGUUUACCUACCCAAAGAGAUUAAUUUUUUGAAGAAGCUUGAGAAGCUUCAUCUGGCCAGGAACAAUAUUGAAGUUUUACCACAGGAAAUUUGUCAUCUUAGAAAUCUAAGACUCCUAGACAUAGCUGGAAAUAUUAUACAGAUAUUUCCACCAAGAUUUCAGAAUCUGAAGUUGAGGGAGUUCUACUGUGAGGGAAACCCACUGUUUCUGAAGGAGCCAGUUAAAGCUGUAAACCAGUAUGCCGUCUGGAGUCUACAGGAGAUAAUAUCAAGAUAUGUAAUGAAAGAGCUAGCAAGAAAUAAUCCUAUCCUAACGGAAGCCAUUCAGUGGUACCCACAGAUCAGGAACAUACUCUCUAAGGCAAGAAAAUGUGCAAUAUGUGGAGAGUUCUUUUUGACCGUAUGGCUGGAAUGUGUAAAGUUCGUCCCUCCACAUAAGAACUGGAAGAUAAGCAAAAAUCUACAGCUGUUACCUCUUCAAGUAUUAAUUUGUUCUUACAAAUGUUUCAGUCAACGUGGCUCCAACCUCUUUGGAAUUGCUCAACUGUAGAGCAGGGCAGAAGUGCACUUAGAGCCUCGCAUGACGAUACAUGCAGUCAGGUAUUGCCCCACUCUGGUGCCAUGCUCUGUCUCUCCUCUGUCAAUACAUCACACAAAGGAACAAAAAGAAAUUAAUGGUAAAGAACUUAAUGAAAGCACUAUAAUGUACCUUUAGAUUUUUAGAUUCUAGGUAUGCUUUUUUUUCCUUUGACUUAAAAACAAAAUAAAA